GCACCCCAGAAUGCACAUCAGAACAGGGCUGAUGGAUGCCCAUCUCUACUGUCUGAAGAAAUACGUGGUAGAUUUCCUUGUAGAAAACAGGACAAUCACAUCUCUCCGGAGUGAACUGAUUCCACAUCUGGUUAGGAAACAGUUCUCUUCUCCUACAUCGUUGCAGCAGGGACUAGACAACAAAGAAGAGGACCAAAAGAAAAAAGAACAAGCAUCCCUAGACAUUUAUAGUUUCAUAAAGGAAGAUAAUAGCUUGCUGAAACCUGCUCCAGAUAACUCUUGUUGGAAUGAUCAUAGAGGAGAUAUGAAUGAAACUCUCCAUGAAGGAAAAGUACGCUGCUACGUCCAUAUAAUGAAAGAGGGACUGUGCUACCGAGUGAAUACUCUUGGAUUGUAUAUUGAAGCUAACCGACAGGUUCCCAAGCUAUUGCUUAAUCUGGGUCUGGAAGAGCCGCUGGUUCAUGGGUCUGCACAGAUCACUGACAGAGGCAUGGUUGGAUCGGACAGCAUCAUUGGGUCAUCCACACAAGUUGGGGAGAAGACAUCCAUUAAACACUCCGUCAUCGGCAGCAUGUGUACCAUAAAAGACAAAGUUAAGAUAACAAACUGCAUCAUCAUGAAUUCUGUUACAAUUGAGGAAGGGUGCUGUCUUCAGGGCAGUGUUAUUUGUCAUAACGCUGUGAUAGAGAAGGGUGCAGACAUCAAAGACUGUUUGAUUGGAAGCGAUCAGAGACUGGAAACCAAAGCCAAACAUGUUAAUGAAGUCAUUGUGGGCACCGAACAGCUGAUGGAGAUAUAACCCGAGUAGGUUUUAAAGAUGAUUUUAUGGAAGCCAGCAGCAGAACCAGAUGUUAAAGCAUCGUAAGAUCAUCCGUACAGAUCAGUACUGGCACAGUUUACCCUGUCAUUGCUCCUUUCCUGUUCAGCUUUAUAUUUAUGUCUUAAUAAAGAAGUAUUUACAGAG